AAUAGUGUAACUCAAAACGCGACACUCGUACCUCUGUGGUACGAAUAUCAAUGCAGUGAAAUCAGGCGAGAGUCUGAAAAGAGAGGUUGAAUACACGCAAUUCGCUAUCUAUUAUAAAUUUAAUAACACAUUUCAAAUAUUAAUAAAUUAUUAUACGUAUGUACAUGUAUAAUUUCUUUUAGUACAAAGAAAAAACUCGAUUGACCAAAAGCUCAUAGUAAAGGACCGUUCAGGUGAUCUGAUCUGUGGAUUUCAAGCAAUAACCUAUUUAACGAUCAAAACGCACAGUCAAAUAAAAAAUAAAUAUGGUAGAAGAGAUUCAGAAGAAACUUCAAAGUGAAGUUGACAAAUUAAGGCAAGUCCAAAAAGACUACAGUAAAGCAGUAAAUAAAAGGCAACAGUUAGAUGGGCAAUUAAAUGAAAACAUUGCAGUCAAGAAAGAAUUAGAUCUUUUGAAACAAGACAAUGAUGUCUUCAAGUUAAUUGGACCAGUUCUUGUAAAACAAGACCUGGAAGAAGCUAAGCAGAACGUUACCAAACGUAUGGACUAUAUUACAGCUGAAUUGAAACGCAUGGAGGAUUUGAUUGCUACCUUAGAUAAGAAAAUGGAUACUCACAGAGAGGCACUUGAGAAAAUACAACAAACGUUCCAGCAAGCUCAAAUCAAAGCAUUAUCUCAACAGAAAGCAUAAUAUCACAAAUAACAGUUUUGCUAAGUUAUGCUGCAUGUACCAAAUAUUCAAUGAUAAACAAUUGAAUAAUAAGAACCCAUAUUAUAUGA